GUCGGCGCGGGGCGAAAGGACCGCUGGGAAGAUGGCGGGGCUGGGCAAGGCCGCUGUGGCGGCUUGGGAACCUUAUCGCAGGUGGGGCUGGGCGGCCGUCUCCUUCGGUGUCCACCGUGGUCUCGGCGCGUUGCUUGCACGGAAGCCCGAGCGGGCGCCACGGUGGCUCCCAGCUUGCAGACAAAAGUCAUCAGUCUCUUUCCUUAGUCGACCAGACCUUCCAAACCUGGCUUAUAAGAGGCUAAAAGGCAAAAGUCCAGGAAUUAUCUUCAUCCCUGGCUAUAUUUCUAAUAUGAAUGGUACAAAAGCAUUGGCGAUUGAGGAAUUUUGCAAAUCUCUAGGUCACGCCUAUAUAAGGUUUGAUUACUCAGGAAUUGGAAAUUCAGAUGGUAACUUAGAAGAAUGCACAGUGGGAAAAUGGAGAAAAGAUGUUCUGUCUGUAAUUGAUGAGUUAGCUGUAGGACCACAGAUCCUGGUUGGAUCCAGCCUCGGUGGAUGGCUCAUGCUUCAUGCUGCAAUCGCUCGGCCGCAGAAGGUUGUUGCUCUUAUUGGCAUAGCUGCAGCUGUUGAUAGCCUAGUGACACAGUUUAAUCAGCUUCCUAUUGAGACAAAAAAGGAAAUAGAGAUGAAAGGCGUGUGGUCCAUGCCAUCAAAAUACAGUGAGGAGGGAGUUUAUCGCGUUCAGUACAGUGUCGUUAAAGAAGCUGAGCACCACUGCUUGUUGCACAGUCCUAUUCCCGUGAGCUGCCCCGUCAGGCUGCUCCACGGCAUGAAGGAUGACAUCAUUCCGUGGCAAACGUCCGUGCAGGUUGCUGACCGGAUAGUCAGCACAGAUGUGGACGUCAUCCUCCGAAAACACAGCAAUCACCGAAUGAAGGAAAAAGCGGACCUUCAACUUCUGGUUUACACUAUUGAUGACUUAAUUGAUAAGCUUUCAACUGUAGUUAACUAGGAUCACAUUUUUAGUUGCUUGGAAACUAAAGGACCCAGAAGAUUGGCAGAAGGAUGAUAGAUGAAGGACCCUGAUGGGUAGAAGGUUUUUCCUCUUAUCCCUACUUUGUAAAUAUCAUGUGGAUAUUUAUGGAAUGAUGUAUUUGCACACGUAAUACAAAUUGUGAAGAAAGUACAGCUGCUACUUAGAAAAUUUUCUCCUUCCUUCAAUCUUUGAUUUUUUUUUGUCAUUAAAGUAUGUCCUAUUUUUGUAUUCAAGAGAUGUUUACCUUGUAAUGCUUAUGUUUACUGUGCCAGCUCUUGUGUUCUCUUCUAGUUAGAAUUCCUAAUAAAGCUUGAUUUUUUUUGUUUAUGUUUGGUAUCAUUGUAUACAGAGAUAUGUAAAAUUACUUCUGAUUUUAAAAUGCAGCUCACAAAAUAUAGGAAAAAAUUUAUUGAAAUAAAUCUGAAAUGAUGAGAGAAAUGUCUGAAGCAUAAUAAAUUUUUAAAAAACUAUUAUUUUA